AGUUCCGAGGACCAGGCGGCCGCCGAGAGUCUGGUAUCCUGAGCUUCGUGAGUUGAGCGCUGCUGCUCCGCGGUGGAGUCACCGCACCGCUCCCGUGAUCAUGGUGUUCUACUUCACCAGCAGCAGCGUUAAUUCAUCUGCCUACACUAUUUACAUGGGAAAAGAUAAAUAUGAAAAUGAAGAUCUGAUCAAGCAUGGCUGGCCUGAAGAUAUCUGGUUUCAUGUGGACAAACUCUCUUCGGCUCAUGUAUACCUUCGAUUACAUAAGGGAGAGAAUAUAGAGGACAUCCCAAAGGAAGUGCUGAUGGACUGUGCCCACCUUGUGAAGGCCAAUAGCAUUCAAGGUAAAAAUUGUGACAGUGGAGAAGAAAGUAAAUGAGAUCCUGAACCGACUAGAAAAGACCAAAGUGGAGCGGUUCCCAGACCUAGCGGCAGAGAAAGAAUGCAGAGAUCGUGAAGAGAGGAAUGAGAAAAAAGCCCAAAUUCAGGAAAUGA